AUGUUUUUACAGGCUGCUUCUCUUCUCAUCAAUUCCAAGGGAUUUAUCUCUUCGCAUGCCGCAAUCGCUACGUCUGGAAUGAACGGUGGGACCCCAUUCGCGAAUCCUAUCAGGCUUCUUUCCUAUGGAUCCAGUGCCAACGCUGUUAAGCCAAAUAACGUGUAUUCUAUGACUUGCAAGUUUAUUGGUACGAAUGAUGAUCAAGACGAUCAUUUACAUUACAAAAAUUCUACGAGAAUUGAUCUCGGUGACGUGGCGCGGUUUGGCAAAACGUUCGCGGAAGACCUCAUGGAUAAAACCGUCAUGAUAGCACUUGGGUAUGUCACCGCACGAGAUACUGUUAAAGAUCCACUUUACAAGGGCAAGUCGACCGUUGUCAUUACCCUUCAAUCACAAGAUUACGAUCCCAUAGUACGUAUCCCCGUCUUUCGAAUUCGUUGUGCAGCCACUGAUUGUUUCUACUUCCAGACAAAGAUCCCCGUCACCUGGUACACAAAACAUCACAUACCACCCGUUCGUAAUAUGGAGAAGGCCCAGAACAUCUGCCAAGUUGGUCGUGAAGUCCAGUUGGUUGGUAUCAUCAAAGACUACGAUGGAGUCAACUACAUGUGGGAAACUGAGGUCACUGCCAUUAGCAGAUGCCAAGGCGAUGCCCCGAGCCUUGCGACUAAAGUUGUUACGAAACUUGGGACACCAAGCGGCGGCCGAGUACCACUGACAUUGAGACGCAACAGAGCAAGCAACACGGCAAGUACGUCGGCGUCAACUCUUGAUGGCGGUGCUAGCAGUACUCCAACCGAGUCCCUCAGCCAAGCAGACGUCGUCGACACCACGGGUAACGAAACCGAGAAAGACGAAAACAACUUGCCAAGCGACAGCGUUAUCAAUUCCUCGCCGCUCAACCGCCGAAGAUGA